AUGACAGCAGCUCCGCCUGAGCGUGCUGGCUCCGAGACGUCGCUUCGGCGACCCAUGUCUUUCUCUGACAAGGCCCUUGCGGCGAUUUCCGGGUCUGUCUCUACCUCUUUGCUUAUGACGCCCUUGGAUGUCAUCAAGACCCGUCUGCAAACGCAGUCGGCGGAGCAAGCGCAAGCUGCCUCGUAUACCAUCCGGAAUGCCAACUUGGGCCCUGUGCGUGGCCCACCCUGCCCAAAGCAUGCGACGGUGCCGCAUCAGGUAGCAGGUUCGUCGAUGUCUCUCACAUGGGUACGCCCCAUGCAGGCGUACACCAUGCCCUAUGCCAUGGGCGAGUCAGCCGUCUGUAUAUACCCCAGCAAGUGCAGCAUGGCCGAAGUGUGUGAGGCACAGGUGAUUCUGCAAGAAGGGCGGAUGACUGGGAUCUUGGAUGGGUUUGUAAAGAUUGCCCGUGUUGAAGGCUGGCGAAGUUUGUGGCGUGGCUUGCUGCCUACCCUUGCGAUGACCGUCCCAUCCCAGGUGACAUACAUGUCCUGCUACGAUGUCUUCCGACAAUGGCUCCUUCGUGCCGAGCUGCGUGUGCCUGUGUGGUCCACGACACCGUCGUCCCGCUCUACGAUUCAAUUCACACCGACCCAUAUCCCGCUCCUGGCCGUCUCGUUGAUGAGCGGUGCGAUGGCGCGUGCCAUCGCCGUCACCAUAGUCACGCCCUUGGAAUUGCUACGCACACGGCUUCAAGCAUCCCAUGCUCGUGCAUCGCCUGUGUCCUCGGUCAUUAAGCCCCUCUUUCAUGAAGUGAAGCAGCGUGGCAUUACUGUUUUAUGGCGCGGCCUGAAUGCCACGCUAUGGCGCGACGUCCCCUUCUCUGCUAUCUAUUUCACAGGCUACGAGGGCGGAAAGGUGCUACUGACCGGCAGCGGCUUUGGCGAGAACAAAGCCUCGACGUUCUGGCACGAGUUCGGCACGUCGUUCCUGGCCGGCGCUGUCAGUGGCUGUGCCGCGGCUGUGGCGACGCAUCCCUUUGACCUGAUCAAAACGCGCUUGCAAGCGGACCAUGGAUCGGCCAUGUCACCUGCACCCUCGCUCACAGAGGCAUGGCGUGAUAUCGUCCGAUCAGAUGGCCUAGCUGGCCUUUUCCGCGGCUUGUCGCCUCGUCUCGCGAAAGCAGCGCCUGCAUGUGGUGUGAUGAUCGGCUCCUUCGAGGUUGUGAGUCGGCUGCUCACGAGCUCGCAUGCCUAA